AUGCGGCACUUUGCCCUCCAAUUUCUCGUGGCAGCUGUCCUGCUGGUGCUAGCUGCUGCCUGGACCAAGGAAGAUCAUGAGAUCUUCCAGCUUCGAGAUGAGAUUAUGGCGAAUGACGGCGCCAAUCUUACUUUCUACGACUUCCUCGCCGUGAGCCCCACCGCAAACCAGGACGCCAUCAACAAGGCCUACCGCAAAAAAUCCAAACAGCUGCACCCGGACAAAGUCAGACGCGCAUUCAUCGCCAACAACUCGCGCCAGCCACUCGACAAAUCCACCAAAAACAAAAAACCCGGCGUGCACGUAUCCAAGGGCCCCUCGGAUCGCCAGAUCGCCAACGCCGUCAAAGAAGCCAACGAGCGCUCCGCUCGCCUCAAUCUUGCUGCCAACAUCCUGCGUGGACCCUCGCGCGAACGCUACGAUCAUUUCCUCAAGUAUGGUUUCCCCAAAUGGAAGGGUACUGGAUACUACUACUCGCGGUUUCGUCCGGGUCUGGGGUCUGUGUUGCUCGGUCUGUUUGUAGUCUUUGGCGGGUUUGGUCACUAUAUUGGUCUUGUACUGUCAUACCGACGCCAGCGCGAGUUUAUGGGUCGUUAUAUCCGCCAUGCCAGAAAAGCUGCGUGGGGAGAUGAGAGAGGUAUUGGUGGUAUUCCCGGUUUGGAUGCUACCGCUGCUCCAGCUCCAGCUCCAGCCCCAGAACCCCAGGCAGAUGAAGCUCCCGCUGCAGCAAUGAACCGCCGCCAAAAACGCAUGAUGGACCGUGAGAGCCGCAAAGAAAACAAAAAGGGAUCCAAAAAGGACGCCGGUGCUGGAUCUGGCACCGCCACGCCCACAGGCGAACCCACCACCAGCACCCCCAGCCUCGUCGGCGCCGUGGGCACCAAGCGUCGCGUGUACGCCGAGAAUGGAAAAGUCCUGAUUGUCGACUCUGUCGGAAACGUAUUCCUCGAAGAGGAAACCGAAGACGGCGACAAGCAGGAGUUCUUGCUCGAUGUAGACGAGAUCCCUCGUCCGCAGAUCCGCGAAACCGUUGUUUUUACGCUACCCGCUUGGCUGUACCGCAAGGCCGCGGAGAAACUUCUUGGAAAGGACUCGACCAAGCUAGAGGACGACGAGGAUGCGCAAGCCGCAGAAGAAGAAGAAGAAGCAGAGUAUGUGGAGGAAGAAGUCGAAGAAAAGCAAGCCACUUCUACUGCCACGUCGGCUUCUUCAUCCUCGAAAAAGCGUGGUAAGCGCAACCAGAGAAAAUGA